AUGUUCUUCCCUGCUCCUCUAGUCCGCCGAUCGCUCCUCAAGCCCCUCCCUCGACUCAACCUUCUCAAGCCCACCACUUCAUCACAAGUCCUCAGCCGGUCCGCCUUGAUCACCGCACACCGAGCGUAUUCUGCUGGUCAUGCUGCGGAUGAAUCAUUCUCGGCCUUCAACGAGAGAUACACUCAAUUCUUCGAAGGCGUACAAGAUUUAUUCGAGCUCCAACGUGGCCUCAAUAACUGCUUUGCCUAUGACUUGGUACCCGCCGUCCCAACCGUAGAGGCUGCUCUCCGGGCCGCCAGACGAGUCAACGAUUUACCUACAGCCAUCCGGAUAUUUGAAGGUCUCAAAGAAAAAGUUGAGAACAAGGGACAAUACCAAGCCUAUCUAGACGAGCUCAAGCCCCUCCGGGAUGAGCUUGGUGUGCCAACCAAAGAAGAGAUGUACGGUCAAGCACUUUAA